AUGGUUGGCAUGCCGGCUUUUAGCAAAAGGAACUGCCCAGAAGCCAUGAAUCAUGUCGAAUGGCAUAUUCCAGGUCGGGUUCGUGGACGGAUGGUUGGCAUGCCGGCUUUUAGCAAAAGGAACUGCCCAGAAGCCAUGAAUCAUGUCGAAUGGCAUAUUCCAGGUCGGGUUCGUGAGGAUUGGGGGCACGACCAGAAGCUACAUGGCUUUGGUGGUGAAAAUUCUCUUGGAGAGAGAAUCCACCAGCCGGUAUUGUACUCCCUGGAAAUGACAAACCGUAGCGGUUUUCUUGAAGAAGCUUCGGGAGCAAUGGGGGUUGGACCAUGCUCUUCUCUCUUUCCCUCGGCCAACGCCGCAACUUUCCACUCCCUCGGCGUCAACUUCGGCCAGCUCGGCAACGACCUCCCUCCGCCGCUCUCCGUCCACCCGAUCCGCCACCUCCGCGCCGCCGCCGUCAAGAUCUACGACGCAAACCCGCCCAUCUCCGCGCCUCUCGGCACCCGCGUCGCCGUCUCCAUCAUGGUCCCCAACGGAAUCCCUCCCUCGCCUCCAACCAAUCCGCGCGCCGACGCGUGGAUCUCCACUUCCUCCUCCCAUUCUACCCCCAAGACCCGCGUCCGCUUCCUCCUCGUCGGCAACGAGGUCCUCUCCGACUCCUCCAUCCAAACAUCAUGGCCUGAUUCUCUUCCCGCCAUUACCCACAUCUACAGAUCCCUCAAAAAGCACAAGAUCCGCCAAAUUAAAGUGGGGACCAGCCUCGCCAUGGACGCUCUCAGCGCCUCCUUCCCUCCGUCCUCCGGCGAGUUCAGACCCGACAUCGCCGAACCCGUUAUCAAACCCCUGUUGAAAUUCCUAAACGAUACCGGAUCCUACUACUUCGUCGAUGCGUACCCGUACUUCCCUUGGUCUUCGAACCCGACCCAAAUAAACCUCGACUACGCCCUCUUCCGAGCCAACUCCAGUCUCUACUACUUCGACCCAGCCUCCAGAUUGACCUACACGAACCUUCUCGAUCAGAUGCUGGAUGCGGUUAUCUUCGCCAUGAAACGGGUCGGGUUCGGAUCCGUUAACCUCUUGCCAUGCGAGACCGGCUGGCCCAACGGCGACCUUGACCAGAUCGGUGCCAACUCUACGAACGCUGCCACUUACAAUCGGAACGUAGCGAAGCGGUUCCGGGCACGGCCCGGGACUCCGCUCCGACCCGGUUCGUACAUGCCCGUCUUCGUAUUCGCGUUGUACAACGAGAACCAGAAGCCUGGGCCGGGAACGGAACGGCACUUCGGGAUGCUGUACCCAAACGGAACUAGGGUUUAUGAGCUGGACUUAACGGGGAAGCAAACGGGGUUCGCGCCGUUACCGUUGCCGACGAAUAAUGAGCCGUACAGGGGGAGAAUAUGGUGUGUCCUGGGGGCCGACGCGAAAAAUGAGACGGCGAUCGGGAUUGCGUUAAGUUAUGCCUGCGGACAGGGGAACGGGACCUGUGAUGCGAUACGGAAGGGGAGGGAGUGCUACCAGCCGAACAAUUUGAGGUCCCACGCGGAUUACGCGUUUAAUUCGUACUGGCAGCAGUUUAGAAAGGCUGGGGGUACUUGUUACUUCGAUGGUCUGGCGGAGCAGACCAAGAGAGAUCCUAGUUACAAUUCUUGCGUGUACCCGAGCUUAACGGGUUGAAGAGUGAUGAUUGAUAGCUGGUGUUUUUUUUUUGGGAGGGUAUUAUUAUUACGAUGAUGAUGUGGGGUUAAUUCCUCUUUAUUUAGUUGGCGGCCAAUUGAUUAAUUGUUGUUAUAGGGUUUCAAAUUGUUUUGAUCUUUGUUUUAAUCGGGUUAGCAUUGUUGUUGUGACUUGUGAGCGACGCGACUUUUGUUUGUUUGUGGAAAGAGAAUUGCAGAUUUCAAUAUUAUAAUCAGAUUGAUUUUUGACU